CCGCCUUGCUCGUAACUAGGUUUAACCACUGAUACUGGCGUCCAGCUCGCUCAUACACCACGCAUAUUCAUACAAGGAAACUUGGCGAAUAUAUCUCCCCUUGUAUUCGGGUUCUGUGUUUUGGAGACGUAAAAAGAAUCCGUUUUUGUGAUUAACACUUCUUUCACAUUGGACUGUACAGAAGAGGCAGAUCGGUUCUUUGUACGUCUUACAAUUUUUGAGGAGGUUUACUAGGCUAUUGGGCAUUACCAUGCAGGUUGGCAUCAUCAGUGUCAUGAUUUACUGCACCUAUGUGGUGCUGGGUGCAUCCAAUGUGUCGGAGGAGCAGGCUCAGUGUCCGCUGGGUUACUUCCCCUGUGGCAACCUCACCGUGUGCCUUCCUCAGCUGCUGCACUGUAACGGCGUGGAUGACUGUGGGAACCAGGCAGACGAAGAGAACUGUGGAGACAACAAUGGAUGGCCACACUUAUUUGACAAGUACUUUGGGAUGCCCAACAAUGACGUAGGAACCAAAUCCAAUGCAUGCUUGCUGGGGCUUGUCCCCGACCAGUGCCUGUGUAGAGACCUGGAGCUUGACUGCGACGGGGCCAACUUUAAAGACGUGCCCAGUGUGUCUGUGAACAUCACCAUGAUGUCACUGCAGCGGAACCGGCUGCGGAAAUUGAAUGCGGAUAUAUUCUUCAAGUACCAGAACCUGCAGAAACUGUAUCUUCAGCACAACCUGAUCCGUGUGGUGAGCCCGAACGCUUUCCGUGGCCUGUACAAUCUGACCAGACUAUAUUUAAGCUACAACAAGAUUUCUGUUCUGAUGCCUGCAGUGUUUCAGGACCUUCAUAACCUGGAGUGGCUGAUUCUGGAGAACAACCGUAUCCAGGACGUCUCAUCCGCCACCUUCCUUGGCCUGCACUCACUGGUGCUGCUGGUUUUGUUGAACAAUAAUCUGUCACAGCUGGAUGACAUUUGCCAAGAGAUGCCCAGACUCAAUUGGCUGGACCUGGAGGGCAAUCAGAUUGAGCGUGUGGGAAAUGUGACCUUCCGUUCCUGCAGCAUGCUGACUGUCCUUGUGUUGCAGCGGAACAAAAUUAAUCAUCUUCAUGACCAGGCUUUUUCUCCUCUUCACAAACUUGGCGAGCUGGAUCUGUCCAAUAACCGCAUCACAGAUUUCCCGCCUCAUCUCUUUGUUGACCUGGUAGAUUUGCUUCAGUUGAAUAUAUCCUACAACCCCAUUCUUGACCUGGAGGUGGAUCAUUUCGACAACCUGCAUAAACUGAAAUCAUUGGUCAUCGAGGGAAUCGAGAUUGGGAACAUCCAGAGACGCAUGUUUGAGCCCCUCAGGAAUCUCACACACAUCUACUUCAAGAAGUUUCAGUACUGCGGCUACGCUCCACACGUGCGCAGCUGUAAGCCCAACACCGAUGGCAUCUCCUCGCUAGAAGACAUGCUGGCCAACAUCGUGCUCCGUGUCUUUGUAUGGGUUGUCUCGGCAACCACAUGCUUCGGCAACGUCUUUGUAAUCUGUAUGCGAUCCUACAUCCGCUCGGAGAACAAGCUCCACGCCAUGUGUAUCAUCUCACUCUGCUGUGCUGACGGGCUCAUGGGCGUGUACCUGUUCAUGAUCGGUGCGUACGACCUGAAGUUCCGCGGCGAGUACAACCGGCAUGCGCAGGCGUGGAUGGACAGCGCGGCAUGCCAGGUGGUGGGCUCUCUGGCCAUGCUGUCCACGGAGGUGAGUGUGCUGCUGCUCACCUACCUGACGCUGGAGAAGUACAUCUGCAUUGUGUACCCGUUCCGCUACCUGACGCCUGGCCGCCGCCGGACCGUCACCAUUUUGGUGGCCAUCUGGGCGCUGGGCUUCAUCAUCGCCUUCUUGCCGCUUGUCUGCAAAGGGGUCUUCCGGAACUUCUACGGGACCAACGGCGUGUGCUUCCCCUUGCACUCGGAGCAGCGGGAGACGGAGGGUGCCCAGAUCUAUUCCAUCGUCAUCUUCCUCGGGCUGAAUCUGGCAGCGUUCCUCAUCAUAGUCCUCUCCUAUGGCAGCAUGUUCUACAACAUCCAGAGAACCGGCACGCAGACCACCAAGUACACCAACCACAUCAAGAAAGAGCUGACCAUUGCCAAGCGCUUCUUCUCCAUUGUCAUCACAGACUCGCUCUGCUGGAUCCCCAUCUUCAUCCUGAAGAUCUUAUCCCUCAUGCAGGUGGAGAUUCCAGGCUCCAUUAGUUCGUGGGUAGUGAUCUUCAUCCUGCCCAUCAACAGCGCGCUGAACCCCAUCCUCUACACACUGACCACACGGCCCUUUAAGGAGACGCUGGUCCAGGUCUGGGCCAACUACAAGCAGCGGCGCCCCCUGCUGGGCAACCGGCCCACGCACCUGCGCUCCUUCACCUGGCUGGAGAUCGUGCCUCUGCAGGAGGGGAGCCAGGCCACCACCAUGAUGCUCACCUCGCCGGACUUCCUGCCACCGCAGCCCCCUGACGCGCCCUGCGCCUCGGCAACGUCCCAGCUGCUCCGUGAGGCCGGCGCCACCGAGACGUGAGACAUCGGUGUGUUCACCACACUGCCCCGUACUGCCCCCAGACCUCCAUACAACUCUGCUACCUAGUUCAUCUCCAGCACCACUGCGCGUCUGGUAGUCAUCUGCUGUUUCCACAGACUUCAUUAGGCAUAUGUUAUAGCCGUAUGUUUGUUGAUGUUCACAUUGCAUGUUUACGUUCGGAGACAGGGUAUUAAAGAAUCCACACGUGUGUGGAGUAAAGGACUUUGAUGAUUGAUGCACAUCCAAAGGCACUCAGUACCACUGAUUUUACUGUGCUUGUUUUUUCCCCUCAAGUGGACGACUGGGAGUUAUGUAAGAAGAGUGGAGAACUGGAAUUGGUUGUUUUGAACAACAGCAUCAAAGCGUAAAACCUGCCUCAAGACUGGAACACGGUCAAGCCGUUCCUCUGCCCAGUAGCCAUCAUGUGUCCAUCUGUGUCCAGCUCUCUGUGGCGUUACUCAGUGUGUGUGUGCCACUGAGGUGUUGUGCUGGAGAACAGGCUUCCAGUCCAGGUGAGCAGCUGACCCUGCAGUAGCUCAGACCCCAAUCUGGACUGACCUCUGUCCUGCUGGAGUCCUGCUGUGCGUUACCUUGAUUUUGUCACAAACAACUUGUGAACACACAAAUAGUGGGUGGACGAAGUUCUCGGUGAACAUACAUACUUGGUCAGUGGACAAAGGCUUACUGUUUGACGUGAACAAAAAGAUACUCAGCUUUAAAAGUUUAAAGAAAAAGAGUUUCGCCACAAACGUUCAUCCCUGUUUGCCUGUUUAACUCUGCAAACACCACCCUCCCAUCCAGCACGGCAUGGCCCACUCUUACUAGGUCCAGUGGCGCCAUAGCCACCUCUUACUAGGUCCAGUGGCGCAAUAGCCCACUCUUAUAGGUCCAGUGACGCCAUAGCCACCUCUUACUAGGUCCAGUGGCGCAAUAGCCCACUCUUAUAGGUCCAGUGACGCCAUAGCCACCUCUUACUAGGUCCAGUGGCCCCAUAGCCCACUCGUAUAGGUCCAGUGACGCCAUAGCCACCUCUUACUAGGUCCAGUGGCGCCAUAGCCCACUCUUAUAGGUCCAGUGACGCCAUAGCCACCUCUUACUAGGUCCAGCGGUGCCAUGGACCACUCUUACUAGGUCCAGCGGCACCAUAGCCCACUCUUACUAGGUCCAGGCCAGAUCUGACCCACAGUCAGCUGAUACCUGGGAACCAAAUCACUGUGAUAAAGAUUAUUUAUGACAGGUUUUAUGCCUGUGUGUGUGUUUGGUGUGUGUGUGUGUGGGAGGAUGAUGUUGUGUUUGUGUGUGUGUGAAUAUGUGUGUGUGUGAGGAAGUAAGGGUGUACAAUUGCCAGUUGCAGGGUUGAGCUAUGCUUAUUUAACUGUGCUGAUUUGGAGUCACACUUUUGAUGAUGUGCAGUGGCUCAUAGUGACUCAGACUUGAAAGCAGUUUGGGAUACAGCACACCAUGGUUUCAGUCAUAGAACACAAGCCCACACACAGACACACACAGACAGACACACACACACACACACACACACACACACACACACACACAAACUUUGGUAUAAGAACAAAUCAGUUUCAGUCAUGGUUGGGAUAUCUUGACACUGGAAUCUUUUCUCUCACACACUCUCCUCUCUCUUCUCUCUCUCUCUCUCUCUCUCUCUCUCUCUCUCUCUCUCACACACACACACACACACACACACACACACACACACACACACACAAAGAAGAGGAAAACGUUAAAGUUCCCCAACACAUCCUUUGACAUCCUAUGACAGUUUGCUGUCCUUUCUGUGUCACAUUUAUGCUUGGGAGCUCUCUCUGUCUGUCUGUCUGUCUGUGUCUUCUGAGGUCAUUUGUUCUCAAACGUGGUCCUCCUUGCUCUCAUACACAACCAAAUGUGUUGUUUGUCAUUCAGCAGUCCUCUUGCGCAGCUGUAAAAAACAUUUACCUUAAAUCUUUAUGUCAUAAGUUAUAUAUUUAGUAGCACAAUAUUUGUUGUCUUUACUUGAACAUGAUAAUUGAUGUUUUUGUAAUUAUCAAUGUUUGUGAAGAAUAUCAUGAACAUUAGCAAUGGUGAGAUCUAAACCUAGAACAGGGUGACAUAAUUGCAGUUCAUAAGGCAGAGAUGAAAGAAUAAAUUGAUUCAGUCAGUCAACACGCUGUGUUCUGCUGGUAUCUCCUCAAUCCUCCUGUUCCAAUUUAUUUUUGUCUGAAAAUAACUGAAAAUACACAUUGUCAUAUUGAGACUAAUAAGAGUCAGAUAUAUGCACACAAACCUUGCCAAGACUAUAUUUUUGCAGUGAGAGUUUUAUCCAUGCCUCUAGCGUGGCCCAUGCAGUAAGGUUGUUCUCUUUGAUUCAGUGGUUACACUGUGUACAUAAUAAAAGCUUUUUUGGGAAAAAAAAGAAAAAAGGUCUGAGUGUUCUGGCUGAGUGUUCUCAACAAAUGAGUAGGUAUGUGUUAAGAACUAAG